AUGCAUGGACUUUCCGCCGCUGCACACGUGACGCAGACGCGACUCAUCCGCUCGAGGAUAACGCGGAAUCCGCAUUUUCCGGCGGUCCAGUCGUCCAGUCGUCCAGCGGUCCAGCCACCCGUCCGGCCACCCGUUCGACGUUCAGCCACGGGUCCAGCCGUCCGCCCCGCAUUCCAGUCCAGCUGUUCAGUUCAGAUCCGAGAAAUCGACGUCAAACGCGAAGGCGACUACGACAGCUCGCAAGAACUUGAGGACUCGUCUCGCUGUCAAGAACAGCUACCCCAGCCCCCAAGUCCUGUAUUCCCAAAUGCUCUGGUCGCACCCCAGCUCGGCGUACAAGUGCGCUCGCCACAUGUGUAUUACACACUGCAGCUUCUUGGGCGGAUGCAAGUCGGCACCCCCGCAUGUCGACCUUCGUCCACAGCGAUCUCACUCGCAGGUUGGGCCAUCCGCGUCUGA